AUGUCGAAACAAUUUGACGACGACGAGCUCCCACCACCAUACACGCUCCCCGCAGACGUCCCCGCCUACGCAUCGUCAUCGUCCUCUGCUCAACCACGGAGCCAUCUCUUUGCCUCACACCUUACAGCUCUUCGGUCCGAAAUCUCGUCAGAACAAGCUGCCCGUUUAUCUGUGCAGGAUCAGUCUGAUAAUAAUACACUCUCUCUAAUCAUCCCCUACGUUGAGGAGCUCCUCUCUUCCAUCUCUUCCAUCCACCCGCCGCCGUCGCUAGUCGAGGCCACUCUCGUCCCCGAUGCCGUUAUUGACUCGACCUGGAAGCCGACAGACGACGAUGAGCGACGCGAUGGCGAGUACCGCUCAGUCAUUCGAAUCACACAGCACACAAAGAUGCCGACAGACACAAAGCAACGGCCCGUCGAGACAAAUAACACUGGUGGCUCUUCCUCGGGGUUUUCUGACUGGGGACGAAUGCCUGGCGAUGCGCCAGCGGCACCUUGCCCCAGCUCAACGCUAUGGUGGUCGGAUGAACGCACUGCUAGGAGGCUAGCCAAGCACCUCCAACCCGGCCGACCGACACUAUCGGUUGAUAGGCAAACAGUACAGGCACGUGCCGAGGAGAAUAGAAAAGCCAGCCGGUGGAAUCCCUUCAAGAUGUCCUCUGGAGACAUCGUCCCCAGGCCGCCCGCCAGCAGGAGCGCUGACAAUAGCGAAGAUAUCACUAUGAAGAUAUCGCCCCGAGAGGUCACCUUUCGAAAGGAAAAUGCCUUUGGUAUCUGGGAGAGUAUCACGGGCUGGGGAAUCCACAUUCAAGUUCGAAUUCGACAGUCAUAG